AUGAGUAGCCUCUCCGACGCGUCGCCCUCCAGCAGCCCUUCCCUCAGCCCCACCCGCUCUCGCCGGCUCUCUGCCCGCAGAGGCUCCGUCGCCGCCUCCGACCCCUGGGGCGCCCACAACGGCAUCAACAACAACCCCUCCAGGGCGACUUCCAGCCGGCUCACCAUCGUCCGCGUCCCCAAGGAGGACGAGGACAGCAACAACCAGCGCAGACACCGCCGCGUCGGCAGCAACGCCUCAAUCAGCUCUACGUCCUCCAGCGGCAAGGGCGAGACCGGCCGCAUGAGCUUUGCCUUCUCGUCUUUCACCCCUGCCAGUAAAGAUGGCCCGCCCAGGGACGGCAGCCCGACUGCGUCCCCGCGCGCGCGCCCUCACUCCCCCGGCUCCAUCUCCCGCCGCUACUCCGGCUCCAUGGCCCACGCAAACAAGCUCUCGCCGGAGCAGCUCGUCGACGUCGCGCGCGUUUCCUGCAACCCGCGUCCAGCCAUUGCCCCUGGGAGUGGGAGUCCGGUCUCAGCUGGGACCCCUUCCCCGGUCUCGUUUACGCCCCUCCCGGAUUCAGUCUUCGUCCCCUUCGUCGACAGACCCUUCGAGGUGUCCCAGUUGAUGUGUACGCCUCCGUCCGCCAAGCUUUUCGCCCUCCUCGCCCAGACCUACCCCGCCGACUCGCGCAAGCCGCAUGGCGCCGAGUCUGUGGAGAGUUUGACGAAGGACCCCGUGGAAUGGACAUAUGCCGAUCUCGAGUUCUGGCUGAAGAAUGUCGACCGGGACGCCGUGGAUGACGUACAGUGGGUCAUGAAGGCGCGCGCGUGCAUCAUAUCCAAGAGUGAGCUCAUAUGGGAGCGCAUCAAGGGCGCACUCGGCGUCCCGCACGAGCUCGACGUAGAGGAGGAAGAUUUGCCGUUGAUUGUCGAGCCAGAGGCCGAUACCACUUCCAUCGAGAGCGAAGGCGAGCAGUCCUCCGCAGUCAUCGAGUCGCCCAGCCCGUCCUUCGCCGUGAAUCCCGCCUCGCCGAAUCUCGAGGGCGACGAGAUGAUCCUGAUCGAGCCCGUCCUCGCGCAGAGCCACGACCACCCGCCGACGUCGUCCGCACUCGACCCGCACACAACGCACGAACUCUGCGAGGUGCGCGAGGAGGACGAGGACGAUGAGGAUGCCGAGAGCGCCGUGGCGAGCGACACGCUCGACCCGGAGGUACACGGUUUGCGCUUCUUGACGAGCCCCGCGUCGCCCGGGACGGUCUAUCCUGCGAGCCCGGCAGGGUCGCCCUCGCCGAUGCCGUUGGGCAGCCCCGCCAUCAGCCCGAUGUCGAUCCCCCGCUCGCACUCGUUCCACGACAAGGACAGUGACACGCCAUAUGACGCGCUUGCGGAACGCGGUCCUGGGCACCCGCUCUUCCCCAGCAGCUUCGCGCAGCUGUCGAUGCGCCCGACGUUGGGCAGCAAGCCCAAUCGCGCGCAGAGCCUGUGGAACCCGCCUGCGCCCGCCUUCGGCAACCCGCAUUCCAUUCGCACCAGCCUUGCUGGCGGCCCGAGGUCCAUCGGUGGAGGGUACCGUCCGUUCAUGAAAGACUGGGCGCAUGCGUACGACCCGGCCCGACACGAGUUCGCUUUAGCUUCAAGCACGGGAAGCGUCAGCGCGCUCGGUGACUGA